GCCUUGGCGUCAAUAGUGAAUUCCGGUUCCGGCUAGCUUGUGGUUCGUGAGAAUGGCAAUGCAAGCGGCGGAGUGGGUAGAGCGGCUGCAGCGCCAGGAAAGAGAAAUCAAGUUUUUGACUGCAGAAAUAGAUCAUUUGAAAAACUAUGGAUGCUUGGGAGCUUCACCAACCUUGGAAGAAUUGCGGGAAGAAAAUGCAAAAUUAAAAUAUCGCUUAAAUAUCCUACAAAAGAGCCUCCAGGAGGAAAGACAUAGAGAAAAAUCAUUCAAAGGCAUGAUUAAUAUCAAUCACAGGAUUCAAGAAAUUUUUAAGGCAGCUAUCAAAGCUGCAUAUCCUGAUUUAGAAAACCCACCAUUGGCAGUAACACCAAGUCAACAGUCCAGGUUUGGUGAUUACCAGUGUAACAGUGCUAUGAGCAUAUCUCAGGUAAUUGAUAAAACACGGUAUAUAAUGGAAUUAUAUUUUUUACACCAAUUGUAUUCUAAAUUUUUGGACUUUUUUUCAUUUUUCAUUCCAUAUGAAAAGGUGGUGAUUGAUUUCUCUUCCCCAAAUAUUGCAAAAGAGAUGCAUGUUGGACAUCUGAGGUCAACUAUAAUUGGGGACAGCAUAUGCCGUCUUUUUGAAUUCAUGGGGCAUGAUGUUCUAAGAUUGAAUCAUUUAGGAGAUUGGGGCACCCAGUUUGGGAUGCUUAUUGCUCAUCUGCAAGAUAAAUUUCCAGAUUACCUCACUGUUUCUCCACCCAUAGGAGAUCUCCAAGCUUUUUAUAAGGAAUCAAAAAGAAGGUUUGACACUGAGGAAGAGUUUAAGAAGCGUGCAUACCACUGUGUGGUCCUACUGCAGAGCAAAAGUCCAGACAUCAUUAAAGCUUGGAACCUCAUUUGUGAUGUAUCCCGAAAAGAAUUCCAAAAGAUCUAUGACUGCUUGGAUGUUUCCAUCAUAGACAGAGGAGAAUCAUACUAUCAAGAUAGGAUGCAUGAAAUUGUAAAGGAGCUUGAAGAACGAGGGUUUCUACAAAUGGAUGAUGGCCGGAAGGUUGUAUUUAUUCCAGGAUGUUCUGUUCCUUUGACAGUUGUGAAAUCUGAUGGGGGUUUCACAUAUGAUACAUCAGACUUGGCAGCAAUAAAACAGAGGAUUUUCGAAGAAAAAGCUGAUUAUAUAAUUUAUGUGAUAGAUAGUGGGCAGUCUGUUCACUUACAAACAAUAUUUGCAGCAGCUCAGAUGAUUGGCUGGUAUGACCCCAAAGUGACCAAAGUAAUUCAUGCUCCUUUUGGAGUGGUAUUGGGAGAAGACAAAAAAAAGUUCAAAACACGUUGUGGGGAUACAGUACGACUGAUUGAUCUUCUUGAAGAGGGACUGAAGAGAGCAAUGGAUAAACUGAAGGAAAAAGAAAGAGAUAAGGUUCUUACAGCUGAAGAAUUAAAGGCAGCCCAGAUCUCAGUUGCCUUUGGUUGCAUUAAAUAUGCAGAUCUGUCUCAUCACAGAAUAAAUGAUUAUAUUUUCUCUUUUGAUAAGAUGCUUGAUGAUAAAGGAAAUACUGCUGCUUAUUUACUUUAUGCCUUCACUCGAAUCAGAUCUAUAGCAAGAGUGGCUAAUAUCAGUGAGGAUAAACUACAAAAGGCAGCUGGAACAACAGAGAUAAUACUGGAUCAUGAAAAAGAAUGGAAACUAGGCAAAUGCAUUUUGAGGUUUCCUGAAAUCAUCCAAAAGUGCUUAGAUGACCUUUUACUGCACACACUCUGCGACUACCUCUAUGAGCUAGCCACCACAUUUACUGAAUUCUAUGAUAACUGUUAUUGUGUGGAAAAGGAUAGACAAACUGGUGAAAUAGUGAAUGUGAACAUGUGGCGAAUGCUCCUGUGUGAAGCAACAGCUGCUGUGAUGGCCAAAGGUUUUGCUAUCUUGGGAAUCAAGCCUGUCCAAAAAAUGUAAUUAAAAUGACUUUUAAAAACUGUUAGAAGCAAAGGAUAAACAGUUUCUUUUUUCCUUGCCAGGAUUAGAACUUAAUAAAAAUAACAGAUACUCAGA